CCCAUUUAUAUACACUCACAACUGUCAACCAUCCAAUUCACUGAUCAGCCCGUCAUUCUGCAUCUUAUAUUCUUCAUUGUUUUUAACCAUUUAGCGCCAUCACCUUCUAUAUUUCCAGUCACUUCAGGAGUGGAGCUGAGGGGGAGCAGCUUGGGAAGGACACCGUGAAGCUCGGAGGAACAAAGGGAUCUUGGAGUGAUUGUCCACAAGGGAGCAGGACAGGGUAAGAGGAAAUGGCAGCCACGUCACGAGCUGGCAACUGGUCUGAAACACAGCUGUUAGAAAAGGCAUCUGGUGGACUGGCUCUCAAAGGAAUUUUUGUCAGCAGAGAUGUGAAUGAUCUGUUAAAGGUACGGGAAAGACUGCUCGAGAUCCCAAAGACAUGCUGUCUGUUGGGUCCAUCCAUGUCCCCUACUGAACACACUGAGAGUUUUACGUCUCUCACUCAUGCAAUAAAUUCAAAAAAGUGUGUAGAACAGUUGGGUCUUGGUAUCAGAAACAAAAUUGAAACUAAAUUCUGCAGCUUUGAAGUUGACGUUAAGGGAGAGCAUAGUACUUCUAGCAGCAGUUCUAACAGCACAAAACACACAUAUGUCUCUCUUUGUAAGAUGGUCGUCGUACCUAUGGCCAGUGCUGAGUUGAAAUGCAAGGAUCUGACACUGUCAAAAACUGCUAUCAACUGCCUGAAAGGCGUUGAAAAAAAUCUGCUCUAUCAGGAGUCAGAACAUGUGAAAUAUACUUCAUGUGAGCAGUUCCUGGAACAAUUUGGAUCGCAUGUAAACAGCAGCAAUAUUCACUUUGGGGGAAUUUACUUGAUAGAAGCAGAAAGUGAUAAAUUGAGAAGCCAAGAGAAAGAAGAGGCUGAAGAAGUCAUGAAAACAUUGAUCAACACAGAUUUACAAGCUAAGUUUGGCUGUGUUGGUGCCAGUGUUUCAACCUCUGCUUCUCACUUUAAAUCUAACAUUAACUCUACCUGCAAAAAGACUCUGUUGGACAAAAUAAGUCUCUCUAUCACCAAGAUUGGUGGUCCUGCUGAAGCAUCGUCACUUGUAAACUGGAAGAAAGGAUUACACAACCAAGACAGUACUUGGCGAGUCAUUGAUCGCGGCUCUGUUCACAACUUAGUUCCUGUCUGGAAAGUGAUUCUGCAGAAGCACAGGGGAGACUUUGACAAUUAUCAGUUAUUAACUGAAAGCUUGCAGAGAUGCUGGGAGGGGAAAACUGGAUUAAAGGCUGAAGAUACAGAAAUUGCUGAAGUGAUGGAGGUCAAUACUAGCAUCCAGGAUCUAGUGCAGGAAGUAAGAAAAUGGAACUCCAGCUCAGAACCAGAUUUUGUUGCAAACUGUUGCAGGAACAUUUGCCAGUGUGCAGACGUUAAAACCACUCUGGGAAAGCACUUCUCAAUAGACACAGUCAAACUGUGGUACCGUGAAUUUAUUUGUGAAAGCGCCAUUCAGGAAUUCUUUAGUAAAGUAUUAAAGUGCAUUGCAGAGAACAGAAUUGGGGGUGUGGACAAAGCGUACCUGAAGGUUCAACUGUCAAAUCUGCUGCAGCCUCAAGAAAUAAUAAACAGCCUGGAUUUUCCAAACAUUUCAUUCGUUUUGCAACAACUGACUGACAUUCCCAGCAAUGAGAAAGAAUUAACUUUGUCCAGUUUUGAAGAAGUAAAGGAAUACAUCAAGAAACUGGACAAAACAUUACUGGUGCCAGAUGUUGGGAAUGAAUUUCAAAGAAAAGUCUGCAAUGAGCUAGGAAAAUCAUUGUCUAAUCUGCAACAAAGUAAAGAUCAAAACACAUCUUUGCUCCUAACUGCUCUUCUGCACCCAAUAUCCUAUCAACCCAGUGGAAUACUGACUCCACCUCUAACGGAGAAUGACUGUGAGUACCUGACCUCUCAAUUAGAUCAAAUUGAAACUUUCAGGCAUGAGAUGGAGACAUUGCAGAAGACACAAUGCCAAGCCUACUUGCUCCACAAAGCACUGACUGCCAGAGUCCCUGAGUCAGAGGAUAAAGAUCCCAAAAUAGUACUAAAAAUAAUGUUUGCAGAAAUGGGCCAAGAAAUAUCACAAGAAGUCCGUGAGACAGUGAUGGCUCCGAGUGGAAUCUUUUUAUCUGACACAGAACUUCUUAAAGAAGGAUUACAGCAUUUAAUAGUGAACAAAAAUGGACAGGAAAAAAACAUAGCAUUAGAACAUAGUGAAACAUUGGAAAGAUUCACAUUUAGUGAUGUCGGAGAAAAGAACAUCAAGCUCUCAGAUUCUUCCGGCAAGCGGACUGAGCAAGCAAGUAGACCUCACAAUGAGCAGCCACCUCAAAUUGUGAAUGAUUUAGGAUUGCAAAAUUAUUAUCCUCACAAGCUGUCCCUAAAUUUCAUUCGGCAGAUCAGCCAUGAUAAACUGAGGGGCAGUACGCCAACUGAGCUAAAGGAUGUCCCUUGGCAUUUCCUCCACAAGAUCCUUUCUGCCAAUUCUAUUGCAAGGAACCUCGAACUGCCACACACUCAACAAUCAGAAAGUAAGGCUGAUGAUGAAGAAACUUUCAGUGAUUUCUUUUCAGUAAAAGAAACUGAGAUUCUUGAGAUUAAUCCUCAAGAUAUCAUUACUGCUAUCUUCCUUUGUGCAGAUUACUCUCUGCAGCAGGAACUGAUGCUGAAGAUGUCUCUAUGCCAGUUUGCAUUACCUUUUCUGCAGCCACGUAGGGAUAGGUUUUCAACAGAAAAGAGAGAUUGCACUGAUGAACCUGAUGGCACCCUGCUCCUGUGGGCCAUGCGGUCAAUUGUUAAAAAAUGGUGUCCACAAACCUGUAUACAGAGUAACAGCUUUGUGCAGGAGUCAAUUGUAACUGCAGCUGUGCCAACCAUUUCCUUCAUCAGGGUUGGAAGGUGCAGUAUCUCAAAAUCUAAAAUUCUCAAUCUCACUUUGAGCCAGACACAGCAGCAGCAGAAUAUCUUCCUGCACUCUGAGAUGGAUGGUGGGCAUAUUCCACGUGGCAUAUCUGAUGGCCUAGCUGAGAUCAGCUGGUACCUUCCAUCUGGCAAAAAGAAUUUGGACAUCUUUCACGAGGCUGCAGCAUUCAUUAACCUCCGAGGCGAUGCUGAAAUUUAUCAGAAAAACACUCGAUUUCUUGCUAAGGUUUCUGCUGCAGUCUUUGUAUUCAUAGAUCUGAUUGGGGAAAAAGAAAAAACAUUCCUUACUUCUCUUGCACAGUCACCAGCAAAAUUCUUUCUCGUAAUAAACUCACACAGCAAUCAGCAAAAGAUAACCACGGAGCAGAUAAAGGAACUGUUCAUAGAUCUACAGUUAAAACCUCAACAAUGCAUUGUUCGGAAAAAUUUAAAUGAUGCAAAGCUUGUGGAAAAUCUUUGUUCGAAAAUUAAACAAAUAAUUCUAACUCCUAAUGAAGACAAGACCUUUCGAAACCUGGAGCAAAUGGCUGAAAUUGCAGGAGAAAGUGGGAUUCAAAUUGAUGAACAUGAUCCUAAAAUACUACAAGCUAAACAAUUAGCCUCCAAAAUACUGGAAGGACUUAACCCUGACACCAUUAUUGAAUACAAACAGAAGGUGUUACCCUUUCACCUUAAGCCCUGGCAAGAUUGGUCUAAAGCUGAGAAAGAGAAGUCUCGCAUGAAACUCCGUAAGAACAAAACCACAGGGGUAUACAAGUACGAACUGGACCAAAAGCAGAAAAAAAUCAAAGAACAUCUCAUCAAGCAGAGCUUGUCAAAAGAGAUGCUGCAAUUCAUUGAAGUACUGACAACAACUUGUGCAGAAGUGAGAGCUCUUUUCCUACAGUGGCUGAAGUUCAAUUUGGACAGUAAAUCAAGAGAAGUUAUGUCAAAAUUAUGCAGCCUUUAUAAAAGAUUGUUGAAAGACUCGAAGAGGACAGAUGAACUGAAGGAUCUGGAUCAAAAGAUGUCUGAUAGUUCUCUUGGAGUUGAGCAUUUCAUGAGGGAACUGGGCCAGGUUUAUGAGAUUUCAGUGACUGCAAGUAAUAUUAGAUCAGAGAGAAAAAUGAACAGGGAUGCAUUGCAGUUACCAUCAGUUGCAGCUGAACUCCUUCUGGAAGGGUUCCCACUGGAGCUCGUUGAUGGAGAUGUUUCCAACAUACCGGUUCAGUGGGUCACCGCUGUACUGAAGGAAGUGGCUGAGAAGGUAGGCUGUGCUUCCCGUGUAUGUGUGGUGACAGUGAUAGGUGUCCAGAGUACAGGCAAGUCUACGCUCCUAAAUAUGAUGUUCGGCUUGCAGUUUGCUGUGAGCAGUGGCAGAUGUACACGAGGAGCCUACAUGCAGUUUCUCAAGGUCACUGGGCAGCUGAAAAACAAUUUGGGCUGUGAUUUCAUUCUGGUCAUUGACACUGAGGGCCUGAAAGCACCAGAACUCGCAACCCUUACAAAUAGUUAUGAGCACGAUAAUGAGCUGGCAACAUUUGUCAUUGGAUUAAGCAAUUUAACUUUAGUAAAUAUAGGGAUGGAAAACCCCACAGAGGUGAAAGAUGUUUUGCAGAUUGUUGUGCAUUCCUUAAUCCGUAUGAAGCUAACCGGAAAACGGCCAGGCUGCCAAUUUAUCCACCAGAAUGUUGGGGAUGUGUGUGCAUAUGAUCAGAACCUGAGGAGCCGUCACAAACUGCUGGAACAACUGAAUCAAAUGGUAGAAGCUGCGGCCAAACUGGAGAAGGUAGACCAAAUAAAAUUCUCAGACGUGAUGGACUAUGAUGCUGAUCACAGUAACUGGUACAUCCCUAGUCUCUGGCAUGGCACCCCCCCAAUGGCUGCAGUCAAUACUGGUUACAGUGAACGUAUCUUUGAGCUGAAGAGGCACAUCAUUCAAUGUUUAGUAAAAUAUGGCAGAUCUGAAAGAGCUUUAACAAUUCCAGACUUUAUCAAGUGGAUGCCUGGGCUUUGGGAGCAAGUGAAAAAUGAGAACUUCAUUUUCAGUUUUCAGAACAGUCUAGUUGCUGAAGCUUACAGCGAGCUCUCCAAGAAAUACAAAGCGUGGGAAUGGGAACUCCGCGUAUUCGCACAUUCCCAUACAAAUGAAGUUGAAAACAAAGUAAAGAAUGAUGAGGGGGAUCUAACCCAAUUGUUCCCAAAUUUGGAACGGAACAUCAGGACAGAAAUCAAUACGAGAAUGCAUAACAUUCACGAUAAUCUAAACAGACAUUUUGAAAGUGGUGCUGAUAAUGUGCAGCUGAUGGAGGGGUACAGGGAGCAAUUCAAACAGAGCAUUUCUAUGUUCUGUGGGCAAAUUCAGGACAAUUUAAUACAGAAAUGUAAAGAUGCCAUCAACAGACAAGUGGGAUUAUCAAAAGUGAAUGCUAUCUGGAAGGAAUUCCAUAACAAGAUUGAAGAAGAAGUUCAGAAGCUUUUACAAAAUUGCAAAGAACUUCAGAAUGUGUUAAGUGACCAGGAACUAACAUCUGCGUUUCAAACAAUGUGGCACAAUACACUCUUUGAACUGAACUAUCAGCCCUGCAGUGAAAGAAACAUUGAAGUAGAGAUUGAGAAUCUUCUGAGAGAGGACGUGAAAACACAAGGGAGAGUAAUUAAUGAAAGUAUGAAAGAGAAACGCCUAUCAGAGCACGGGAUCCAAAACUUUAAGAUUAUGGAGAAACACUUUAAUGUGUCAACGGUGAAGUGGCUUAAAAGCUUCUUUACAUCUGAUCAAUCACCAUUGAAACACGCAACACAGAUGUGUAAUGCACUUGAGAUUGAAUGUCAGGAGCAGAUCAAUGACAUUGCAAAGAUGGACAUUGAUUAUGAUAACAAAUAUUGUAUUGAUCUUUUGGACAACAUUGACCAAAAAAUCAACGACAAAACUUCAGAGUCAAAGUUUACAAUGAGUGAGAUUUUCAGGGCAGAAUUUAAACUUCACAUGUGUGGCUAUGCUACACGAAAAUUCAUGGAAAUGCAAAGGAAAUUUAUCAACAAACAUGAUCCCCGGAGGAGACUUGAAAGCAGAAAACAUCAUUACUUUCAACUUUUCUUGGAGAUUUACAAGCAGCAGGAUCAGAAUCAGCAACAAGCCGAACGAUUUGCAAAGAACUGCUUUAUGCCAGCUGUCCGACAUGCCAUGUUCGAGAGCCUGGGCCUGAAAAUAACGAACGACAUGAAAAAAAACGAUCCGGAGGGAAAGUACACACUCCGCAAUAACUUCACUGUGGCACUUCUCGUCUAUUUGAAACAAAAGGGCAGCUUUGAAGAAUAUUACCAGUAUAUUUCUAACCUUGAGAAUUUUGCAUCCAAUUGGCUUCACAAGCAGGUUAUUGCAUUUUGCAAUGUGCAGUUUAAAGAAGAUUGUAAACUGAUACAUCUAGCUAAGGAAAUUAUCAAUGAAAUCAUUCAGCAAGCCAUGAACAUUGUCAGAGAUGCAUCGCACCAGAAUAUUAAUGGAAAUGUUCAGAGCUUCCUCGAUUUGUUUGUUGAAAAGUUCAAAACGAGAAUUGCGAUGUCCAAGGAUGAGUUAAAACUGGUUUCUUUCCAGAUUGACAGCAAUGCCAAGAAAUUUGCAGAAGCAGUUCUACAGUUUAUUCCAGACGUACAGAACCUACUCCUCGAUGAGCUGAAAAACUGGAAUGUUGAAGCAAAGAUUAAAGAAUUGCCUAUAAAACCGAAUGAGGAAAUCCUUAAAGGGUUAUUCAGUUGCAAAAAGAAAUGCCCCUUCUGUCGUGUUUUCUGUGAUUCAGAGACCCCUGAGCACCAGCAGCAUUUCAGUAAACAGCACAGACCUGAAGGAUUAUCUGGGUAUCGAUGGAGAGACAGCCAGCGUCUUGCAGUGAAUGUUUGUACAGCUUCAGUAGGAAGCAACGCAACAUUCUGCAAUGAUGACACAAAUGGUGCUUAUGUACCCUUUAAAAUUUACAAAACAGUCAACGAAUACUAUAAAUCCUGGAUAAUUCAAAAUGAUCUUGGUACAGAGGCAACAUCCUAUUGGAAAAAAGUCUUUUACACUUUUAAUGAACAAUUUGCUGAGAAGCAUAAUGCAAAACCUGCAGAAAUUGAAAGAUCCUGGGACAUUGGGUGGGAUGAAGUAAAGAAACAGCUAAACAAAACAUAUAACACCAGUAUCGAAUCUCUGUAGGAUCCUUUUCAAUGACACAGGUUGGUCAGAAAAAGGCAACACAAACACCUUAAAAUCAGUCAGAAAUUACAGAGUACCUGUGGAAAAGCCAAGAAAUUCAUUACUGUAAAAUUUCAAAUACCACAAUGCUACAGCAUAGAAGAAAUGUCUUUACUCAUGUUUUAUCAAAGGAUAAUUAAAUUCUGAAAUGUUACUGGGGAUUAGAAAUUAGGUCAAGAAAUGGUCACAUUUAUUUCUAACAGAAAUCAGGGAUAUAGUGAGAAUGGAUUGAAAGGUGUAGAGAGGGAGUGUUGAGGGAAGAAACUGACCAGGAAGUUGAUUAUGUGUCUGAUGCAGUGCUCGAUCCUUAAGAAAGGGAAUCAGGAAUUUGGAAAGGGCUGUGAGAUCAAACCUUUUUUACACAUGUUUAACUGACCAACCCACAAUCUCACCUUUUCCUCACCCUUUCAGUUACGUACUGAAUAACUCUGAAUUCAUCAGCCUAAAGUAUAGGGAAAUGACAGUCGCUUUUGAAUCUCUACUAAGAAAAACCCACAUGAUGUUAAAACAUAUGUAAAAAUAUUGUUAAUAUUAUACAUUGCAGACUCUGGGGCCACAUUAAAAAUAUGAAUAAAAGUUAAUAUGAUCAGAUGCCAGUAAUUUUGGCUCAAAAUUUAUAAGUGCCUUCAUGUAAUUAAUGGAACUCUUAACAUUAAUCAUCAAUUGGUUAGAUUGCUUGAAGUAAAAUAGUAGCCUUGAUAAGGUUAAGCAUUCUGAGUUAGUUCAGUCUAUAGCUGGUUUGUAAUACAACAAAAUAAUACAAUGUAACAGUAUAACUGAGAAAACAGUAAGAAGAAACUUAAGACAUCUUAAUGUAUAUGACGGUAAGUUGGUGAAAAGUGUAACCUGGAAUUCAGGGAAAGACGAAAAAAGAAGAAUAUUUAAGAUUCAGAAGUUAGACCCCAGAUUCUUGAGUCAAUAUGAAAGACUAACUACUUACAGUGUUAUUUAGUUACUGCUUGAAUGUCUUCGUUAGUGCUGAUACAAUGAUUUUAAAGCUGAAAACUCAGUCACAGAUGUGUUACAGCACAGAAGGAGGCCUUUCGGCCCAAUGCACCUGCACUAGCUAAAUAAAUGAGCUCGUUACUUACUGCCAACCUUCCACUUUUUAUAAUGUAUUUACAUUUGUUUUUAUCAAAAUCAUCGAAUGAUCUCUAGGCUGUGCCGUCCGCAAUGCUAUCCUGUUAGCUUGGUGUAUAAAGUCCAGCUCCCCAAUACAUAAACAGUAAACAUUGAGUUGUUGGUGCUUAUGGUAUGUUUGUUUGCCUUCAGCCAUUACUGUGAUACUUUAAUCUGAAAUACAGUUGUUUUUCCGUGCUAUUAUGUGAAAUCAACAUUGUGAACUGUUAUUG